AUGGACAGAGAUAAUAAUAAUACAACAUCAACAACAACACAACAAUCAAAGACAGAAGAGCCUAGUUCAAUAACGACCGUAUCAUCAACAUCAUCAACAACCUUAGAUUCAUCAGCAGAUACCUGUCCAAUAUGCCUAUGUGAUGUCGAUAAUCUUACAUUCUUGGAUGUUUGCUUUCAUCACUUCUGUUUCGUAUGUAUACUCCAAUGGUCGGAACUGUCUUUAAAGUGUCCACUCUGCAAGACGACCUACGAAUCACUCAUACAUGACGUCAAGUCCAACAAAGAUUAUAAACGUCAUGUAUUUGAAGUGGAGCCCAAACGUGUCAGUAGAAAACUGACGACUGCAUCACCUUCAAUAUCAGCAGCAGCAGCAUCUCAGCAACAAAGAAGCAGUAGACCAGUGUUCUUUCUUCCCAGUGCUUCAGAGACGUACUCUGAUUCGUACGCCUUUAGGAGGAGCGUGUACGCCCGUAGGAUAAGAGCCAUUCCUAUGGUACCACCGUUCAGAUUGUAUCUGAGUCCACAGCAGAUAAAUUCAUCGUUCAGUUACUGGAAGUCUCGAUUGCAGCCAUGGAUACAACGAGAGCUAAAGUCCAUUCUUCAGACAAACACUGGCAUCGAUAUUCUGGAGGAGCUAUUGUUCUCCCUACUCCGUAAAUAUCGUCAUGACUCCACAGAGAUGCUAAACACCCUUAGGAGAUUCCUACAUGAUAAGACUGAGCUCUUUGUCCAUGAGAUGCUCUGCUAUGCAUGCUCACCAUACAACAUCACCACUUAUGAUCAAAGAGUGAUGUAUGAUCAUUCAAACUCUCUUGAACAACAACAACAACCGCAGCAGCAACAACAAAAAGAGGAAGAUGGACGAUCUAAAGUAUCAACAAAACCCUUAACUGAUAUUCUAAGACAUACAGUUACUGGACAUAUAUCACCAAUACUUAUCAGCUGCAUACAACAAAAGGAAGAGGAGGACAUAGAGAGGUUGAGAUUGGAAAGAAUCAAGUCUAUUGUACAAGAGAAGUGGAACAUAGAGCCAGAUUGGCAACAUCUUGGAGGCCAAGAUUCUAAUGUAGAGUUAAUCCGCAACAUGGAGCGAUACGUACAUAGAUUGAAUGAACAGAAUAAUACACCUUAA